UUUUAGGACUGCCAACCUGAUCAAAUCAGCUGCGACGCUUUGGCAUAUAUUUUCAAUAAAAACAAUGGGAGAAGUUAAACCCGUAAAAAUGGACAACUGGGCGCCAACUGAUUCUACUACAUUAUUUGCUGACGGGGAGCGUGUGCUUUGCUUUCACGGACCGCUUAUCUAUGAAGCCAAAGUACUCAAAACAAAACCGGAAAGUUCGCCGGUUGAAUAUUAUAUACACUAUGCGGGCUGGAGCAAAAACUGGGAUGAGUGGGUGCCAGAGAGUCGUGUGCUAAAAUAUAAUGACGAUAACGUUAAGCGUCAAAAGGAGCUCGCACGACUGUACGUUGAACGCUCAAAGAAAGACAACAAAAAAGGCAGUGCAAAGGCUAAAAAAAUGGAGCAUGUGGGCAAUGAAUCUCGUGCAUCGACACCCUCCAAGGAUAGCAGCCAAACCCAGCCGUCAACUGGCGUCACCAGUGCUACAACUAGCACACCUAUCGCUGCUGGACAAUCGAAGACUAAAAAUGAUGGCAGCAACACCAGCAGCAACAGCAGCACGACAACCAAUAAUACCUCCAUCACGAGCACAACUAGUCGAAGUAAUCGCAAGUCCACACAAUCUGCUACAGCUGCAGUGCGUCCAAGCACGCCAAGUGCUGACAAAAAGGACGAUUCAGCAGCUGCCGAAAACACAGAAGAGGAGGUCACUACGCCCUCAGUGCCGCCACCGCCGCCUAAAGCUAAACGUAUGAGCUCUCAAAAUAGCAACACAGAACAACGUUCAGCCUUAAGUGGCAAUGGAACUGAGGCAGCCACAGCACAUCAGUCAACAACAACAACAGCAGCAACAGCAACAACGCCAACAGCAGCAACGACAACUACAACAACAAUAGCUGAUGCACCUUGUGUGGAGAGCGAAGAAACCUACACAGCAAAACUUGAAGUAAAAAUAAAGAUACCCGAUGAGCUAAAGCACUAUCUGACAGAUGACUGGUAUGCGAUAGUUCGUGAGCACAAGCUAUUGGAGUUACCGGCCAAGGUGACGGUACAGCAGAUAGCAGAACAGUAUUUGGCGCAUAAGAAGUCAGUGAAAUCGACCAGUGCCAGUAAAGAGGUGGCUAUUAAUGACGUUCUCGAUGGCAUUAUCGAAUAUUUCAAUGUGAUGCUUGGCUCCCAGCUGUUGUACAAGUUCGAGCGCACCCAGUACGCAGACAUAAUGCAAAAGAAUCCGGAUACGCCGCUGUCCGAGCUAUAUGGCUCCUUUCAUUUAUUACGCUUGUUUGUGCGACUUGGCUCAAUGUUGAGCUACUCGGCGUUGGACCAACCGGCCAUGCAAACCCUGUUAGCACAUUUGCAUGAUUUUCUCAAGUUUUUGGUGAAGAAUAGCGCUAUGUACUUCAACAUGACAAACUUUAUUAAUGUCGAUCCGGAAUAUGUGCGUAAUGCUCAGUAGAUGUAGCUAAGUAAACAACUUAAGCCGCUC